AUGGGGAUUCAUUUAUACCCUGGAUGGUCCGCCCUUACCGCCAGACUACAGCCCCUAAUCUCUGGCCAGAAUCAUGUUCUCAACUGGUUAUGUAUACCUAUACAUAUGCCUAUACCCAAAAACAUACCAAAAACUACUUUUAUUGGCUACCCAUAUGCCAGAGACAAUGAGCAUAUUGAGGAAAAGUUAAUAUCAACUGGAGAAGAUACCUUGGGUUCUUCCCUAAGUCUAAGUAUUGGUGAAAAUUCAAUUAGAAUUAAGGAAAAGCCAAAAGCAAAGGAAAUAAAAGCUGUGCCACUGACACAAGAGAAUGCAGGCCAACACAAAUGGUGGUUGAAAAGACCUGAAACCCGGCUAGGGUUUACAAGCCCUAAAAAGCUGGAAGUAAACAUAAAACCCUCGCCAAGUCCAUCACCAGAUGUAAGCUCCUCUAUGGCAGAGUUUCUCGAAAAAGAAAAAUUGUGCAAAGUAUUAUACAAAAGUGAAGGCGAAGUCAAAGAUAAAGAUGAUACUUUGUGCGACAUUCUUGCAUCAGCAGCAUUUGACAAGUAUCCAUCAGACUUUGAAAAUGCAACCGAUGAAGAUAUUGGUAGUAUUUUGGAAGAGAUGAGUAAGAUUGCUGGGGCAUUGAGUCCAAAUUCCGGACCAGACUGUACAAAGGCUGGAAGCAUCAGCAAAAACGCUACAGAAGAAGAACGUUCGGUGGAAGAGUUACUGCAGGAAGCCGAAAAGUUGGUACAGAAGACAAGUUCCAGUAUCUCCAAAAGCAAUUCAAAAUCUGAUACUUUAGUACCGGAUAGUAAUCUAGAUCCAAAUGACAGUCUUGCACGAGUAAGGCAACUUGAAGAUGAUAUCUUUCAAAUGAUACAGGCUGAGGUGCACAAGGAAUCGGAGAAAGUGAAAAAGAGUCCAAAGUAUGAACAAAAGCGCGAUGAGGAUUCAGGUUUAGAGAUAGUUUACGAGAAUUUGAACGUUUUAAAAGCACCAAAAACAUUGGAGCUCCAGAGGAAAAAAUUUGAAGAACAAAAAGUUGAAGUUUCUAGUAGUUCAGAUUUAGACGAUCCUAUUGAACGGCACUCAAAGUCUGAAAAAUGUGAAAGCAAGAAUGAAUCUGAUGAUAAAGAUAACUUGCAGAAAGAGAUUACCGAUGUUGAUAAAGACUUUUUUGAAAAUCUUUUGAAGAAAUCAAAAGAAAAAUCUGAAGGUGGUAUAUCUGGGAGUUCUAGUUUUGGGCAAGAGGAUUUCUCUCACUUUCUCAGAAUAUUACAAGGGCAAAGUGAUAAAAAAGAACAGGAAGCCAAAGCCAAUAAUUCGAACUUAAAAGACUCUGCAGCAUUCAGUUUUCCAAUGAAAGCAGACGCCCACAUAUUCGAGAAAUCUAAAAUAGAAAAUGAGUUGAAUAGUAUGAAAAGCCCUGCUUUUCCAGAAAAAGAAAUAUCUGAUGUCUUAAGAAGGGAGCUUCCCAAUGGUGAAAAUAAGUAUAUAAAUCACGAAAUUAGCGAAUCAGAAUCCAGUUCAAUCAGAGGAAGGUCCAGGCAGUCUCACCAUCCUUUGAUGGAAAAAGCAACCCUUUCUAGAAAUUCUAGUUUGGAGAGAAUCAAAAAGUCUGAAAGUAACAUGAAAGAGAUUAUUUUUUCUAGAAAUUCAAGCAUCGAUAGCAGCAAAUCGAGUGGAAGUAAGAAAGAUGCAAAGGUAGUGAAUUCCAAAAAUGAAUUAUACACUGUCGGUCUAACGCCGAGAUUAGAGUUAUUUGCUGAUGCCAUACCUAAAUUAAUCGCUGAGAAAUCCAACGAAAAUUUGAAGAAACAAGAGCAGAAGAAAGGAGGGAAUGAAAAAGAUGUGAACACUUCAGCGGAUCAGAUUGUAGAAACUUGUCUCGAUAGUAAUGACACGACUAAACAAAAGGGCGAAAUUAACGAUAACAAAGAUAACAGAACUUUCAAUAAUGACCAGUCCAAGACUACAGAUAGAGUUGGUGAUGGUGGGGAAAAAAUAAGAAAAGUAGAUAUUCAAAAAAAUAUGUUUGAUCGUCCUAAGACUGAGAGAGCAUUCAAUGCCUUAGAUAAUAAAAACCAAAGAAAACAAAUCAAGUUUGUUAAAUCAAAAAGUUACGAUCAGAUUCCAAAGCCAAUUUCGAAUCUUAAACUGUCCCUUGAUGAUGUAAAGAUGUCUAAAGCCGAAGACCCCUCACCCAAAACUCCCACUCCUAUACUGAAGAGGUCACCAAUUUUGAAAACAAAGUUACAUUCGAAACCAGUUUCCAAAUUCACAUCAAAAGUAAAAUUGUCACCGAAACCCAAAAGAGAAGUUCUGAAAUCCAGUACUGCUACGUCGAUUACUAGUAACAUAAAAAAACAUGAAAUAAAAUCGGUGGACAGCAUUAUGAGAUACACUUUAGCAGCUGGGGACAUGAAUAGAAAUCUGUCAAAAAGUGACUGGGAAACGUUGUGCAAAGAAGAAAGACAUAAAAACGUUUUGCUCAAAGAACAAUUAGAUUCCGAGGCAAAGUUGUAUAAGACCCAGAUUGAAGGGAUGCGUACAUCGUUUGAAGAGGAAUUAUUUGCUUUAAAAAAACAUAACAUAAUUCUCAAAGCUAAAGUUGAUGAGCUAUCUGUGAAUGAGAAAAGAUCCGAACUCAAUCCUAAGACUGAUACAAAAGUUUUGAUACUUGAAAGGGAAUUUGAAAAACAAGAAAGUUUACUACAGGCAUACGAAUCGGAAAACAAAAAACUUAUGCUGGAAGUAAAACAUUAUCAGGAGGAAAUGAAGAAUUUGCAGUCAAAGCAGAAAACUGCAUCUGUGGAAAUGGAUGAAAAUAAAAAGUUAAUUGAGGAAUUGAAGGAUCUCCAAGAACAAACUUUGAAGCUGACACUAGAAAUAUCAGAUUUACGUAAUAAAAACAAUGACUAUGCAGUAAAAAAUGAUGAUUUGAUCCAACAAUGCAGUUUAGUGAAGGAAGAGUUGAGUAUGUUCAAAGAUCAGUUGAAAACGAAGAACAGUUAUAUUACAGAUCAGUUACAAGCAAUGACAAAAUCAGAAUCGUGUUUGAAAAAGGAGUUAGAGGAUGUUAAAGUAGAAUUAAACUCAAAAUCUGAACAAUUAAGAGGGAUUAAAAUCGAGUUUGAUAAACUCCAGAAUAACGUCUUGCCAAUGGAGAGAGAAAUUCUAGAGCUCAGGGUUAAAGAAAGUACACUUAACGAAAAAUUGCAAACUGCAAAAUCUCAUAUUGAAAGAGAAAAACAGUUAUCUCAAAAAUUGAAAGAUCAGGUUGUGUUAGAUAACAAGAAGAUAAUGGAUCUAAAUAGACAAGUUCGGGAGAUGGAGAGAAUUUUGAAGCGAAAGAAUCCCGACUCUGUAUCUGCCUUAAUUUUGACUGCCAAUUCUGAACACGAUAGAAUAAGUACGGAAAAAGUAAAACUUCUCGAGGAAAGAAUAGCAUCUUUGGAAAAAGAGAUUCAAAUUAACGAAGACGUGGCGCAAGAAAAGCUGCUUGAUUUUCAGAAAAAAUUUUCAGAAAUGAGAGAACGUUAUGUUUCCCAAGUGACGGAACUGGAAGAGAAGUUGUUGGACCUUACGGUGAAGAAUCAGAAGAUCUACAAUGAUAUGUUUACACAGACUACAUGUAAGAAUAUGGAAAACAAAAGUGUGGAGACCACAAGGAAGGAGGACAAAGAUAAAGUAGCUUUUACAGAGAGAGAAGAGAAAAAAGAAAUUAAAGGGAUGAAAGCUGGUCCUAAAUCUCAGAAUGUUAAAGAGGACACUCAUUUGAUAGCCACAAUUCGGGGUUUGAAGUUGGAGCUUUCUAACAAAGAUAAGACACUUUUGAAAGUGACUAAAGAUUUCCAGGAGCUGCAAAAAACUAACCGGAGAUUGCAAAAAGAGCGAGAAAAAUUAUUGAAUGAUAAAAGAAAUUAUCGAGCCAUGGACCUUGACAAACUUAGUCGAAGUACGGGAUCGGACUCACGACCCACAAGCUCGAAAGCAUCCGAUUUAAAUGAUCAAAAUUCAAACUUUCAUCAAAACGGUAAUUUACCAAACUCCAAUUCGAACCAAAGAUUUUCUGGAUCCACCCAAAAGCUGUACAACCCAUUGCAAUAUUCUGAGAAUUCCGAGAGUUACAUGACCAAGAAAAUAAUGAAUGAAAACGAGAUUCUGAAGGAAGAAUUGGACAAGAUUAAUAAAGAUUUCAUGGCAUUGAAGAAUAAGAGGCUUCAUGAUCUCCACCUGCUGCAGGAAGAACAUGAAAGAGAGAUGGCGGCCUUGGUUAAAGAAUACAGUGUUAAAUUCGGAGACUCUAAGGUGGUAAAGUUACAGGGUCAAAUAAAUACCCAAAUGGCAAUAAUAUCUCAUCUCAAGCAGCAAAUCGAAAAACUAAGGGAUUAUAAAGAGCAAGUUAUCGUGCUCAAGACUGAAAGGGAUCAUUUAGAAAAUAAAGUGAAGACCUUGAGUGAAAAAGUAAAAUAUCUCUCAACACCGGGUACGGAACAACUUCAGUUGUUACAAGAUAAAAUCACAAUUCUCCAACAGCGACAUGAGAGCAGAGAAAUGACGUUGCAAACUCUAGUUAGGGAUCUUUUGAGAACGAAGACACAAUGCAGGGACUGCAAGGGUGAAAAGGGUAAGACAAAACAGUUAUGCUAUUUCAGACAAGAGUUAGAUCACAUUCUCGGAAUGUUACAAGAAAUAGCUAAUGUGUACUAAUCAUAACGUAGACCGCCUUCGGCAUUUCAGAGUAUGUUUAACUUUUAUGUGAGAGACGGAAAACAACCGUCACUAUAAUAUGACAAAUAUUGUUCAGAACGAAGUAGAUUAAAGCAAUCGUCCAAUCGCUGGUAGAUAACAGCGGUAUACUAUAAAUUCCUGACUAAGUUAAAGAGUUAUAGCGUUUUUCACUGGGCCAAAAGUGGUGGAGUGUAGUAUUCUCUGUCCUUCUCAUUCUUUUGGAAAAGAAAAAGAAAAAACUACACUCAGUGCACACUGAGUGCGCACCAGUGGUCAGUGAAAAACUCCAUUUCAAUUUAGAAUAGUUGAAAUUGAAGGUAAAACAAAAACUACUUACAAUUAGUCAUCCGGUUUUCACGGUUGCAAAGAUUAUUUUUUUAUCUUUCGAUGACUAAAUGAAUUAGGUAAGUAAAAAAGUAAGCAAGAAAGUGGUGAUAUCCCCCCUGUUCAUGUACUGGCCGUUUUAUUUCUUAUAUUUUUUCUCCUUUCUGUUCUCCUCCCCAAUAAUUUUAUUGAAAAAGAAAUCUGGGUUACAGGUCAACGAGUACUAAAUUUCGUUUUCCAAUAAAUGUAUAUUGUACGUUGGAUGAUGAAAAAAUUAAAAUUUUGGUCAAAUCAGGCGGGUCAUAUUAACACCUUCUUAUCUCGGAUAUAUUAACUGUUUUCUAUAUAUUUUCAGUGUUUAGGGAUAAUUAUUUUGGUUUACAAGGAUGAUUGUUUCGCCAAUCCCUUGUACUCAGAGGGGCGGGUCGAACAUUGCCAUUGCAAUAUAGUAUUUUUUAUUUCGAGUAAUCAUUGAAAAACAAUUUCAUUUCUUUACUUUACUUUUUCGAGUGUCAUACCUUUAUAGUUUAUAUAAAAUUAAGUUUUGGCGUCCAUUGAUCGUGUAACGUAAUUUAGCAUUAUCUCACCAACGAAUUUGCAUUCUAUGCUAGUUUAGAACCUAGUGAUUAAUUCAUGAUAUUAAGGAUAGUUUUCGUACUUCAAAGCGUAACGGCAUAUUAGAUACAUACAUACACAUAAUAACAUAAGCUGAAUCUCAAAGACUAACCUGAGGUUGUAAAUUUGCGACUGCAGAAUUACCUAUAUGCGAAAUACUUGCCAAUGACAUGCAGCCAAAAUAUUACUUUGACUACGAAUACGCAUAAUCAUUAAAACCCCAUAAUAUAUUGUCUACCUAGACUUUAAUUAUUCAUAUUUCAAGAAAUUGUGAUAAACGUGUUUUCCAAUGUGCACACAUAUUUAAAGCAGUUGUGAUUCUGAAACUAGCAUAUUUGUAGUGUCAGUCUCACAACAUUAGCUAUACUCAUAGCAAGCUUUCCUAGUAUUUCUUCCAGAAAUUUUAGAGUAAAGUUUUUUAUAGGACUUUUUGGAUAACGCUGUAAAUAAAUUACGAAUUACUUGUAAUGAUAAUGAUAAUGAUUUUAACUCGGUAUCUCUAGCAGCAACAUAAUCGUAGAGCCUACGCACAAAUUUGAUCUCUGAUAAAAUAUAUCUCUUAACAUAACAUUCGUACUUGGUAUAUGUAUGCGACAUUAGCUGUGAAUUUUAUCGCAUAAAUAUUCAUUUUAUACUAUUUUAAGGCAAAGUAAUGUACAAAUUAAUUUAUCUCUAUCAUUAGCAGCAGCACCUUAGCUGAUUCGCGAACUUCAUAUAUGUACUUUAUACAUCAGAAAUAAAGGAAGGAAUCAUUA